UCAGCGGCUGCGACUCGGAGCGGCUGGAUCUGGCCGCGGGGCGGGGGAACAUGGCUGCGGCUCUCGGAACCUCCCCGACCAUCGUGGAAUACUUCGAGGGCGAGGACUUCUACAGCUGCGGCUACUGCAAAAACGAGUCGGGCAGCCGUUCCAAUGGCAUGUGGGCACAUUCAAUGACAGUUCAGGAUUACCAAGCUCUUAUAGACCGUGGAUGGCGAAGAAGUGGGAAGUAUGUAUACAAACCUGUUAUGAAUCAAACGUGUUGUCCUCAGUACACAAUAAGAUGCCGACCUCUACAUUUCCAGCCAUCAAAAUCUCAUAAGAAAGUUCUGAAGAAAAUGUUCAAGUUUUUGUCUAAAGGAGAGUUUUCCAGAGGGAAUAAUGAAGAAGAGCCCAUGGAUUCUCAGAUGGAUGAUGCUGCUGUGGAUGAUUUUGUUCUAAAAAGCAAGUUGGACCUACAGUCUGACCAUAGACCCCUCGGUGAAGAUUAUAACGAAAUCAUAGAGUGUGAAGUGAAGGAGAAAGAAGAAAGCUUGGAAGCUAAGGAAACGAAAGAAUUAAAUCAGUCAUAUGAUGAAAAAGAGAAAUUGGGGUCUGGUGAGCCGUCAAGUUCUGUUAAAGUUGUUCCUUCAGCUCCCAAGCCAGGCAAAGGUGCUGAUUUGAGUAAGCCUCCAUGUCGAAAAGCGAAGGAUAUACGGAAAGAAAGGAAAAGGCAGAAACUCAUUCUUAAGAGUCAAACAGACAAGCUUGAAGGUUUCCAAAUUCAACAUGAACCACAACCUUUCCCCUCUGAAAAACCUAAAUUAAAUCAGCCUAAAUCCAUUGAAGAUUUCAUUUUUGACACCUUACCUGAGGAUGCUGCACAUCAAUUAGAGGUGAGGGUGGUGAGAUCAUCCCCACCAAGUUCCCAGUUCAAAGCCACAUUUCAGGAGUCUUACCAGGUCUAUAAACGUUACCAGAUGGUUAUUCACAAGGACCCACCUGAUAAACCAACUGUAAGCCAGGUGAGGUUAGUACCUGUUUCCUUUGAGGACCCAGAGUUCAAGUCGUCCUUCUGCCAGUCACUCUCUUUAUAUGCCAAGUAUCAAAUGGCCAUACACAAGGAUACAGCGGCUGAGUGUGAGGAAGCCGAGUUCACAAGAUUCCUUUGCAGUUCACCACUGGAGGCAGAGAGUCCUCCUAAUGGACCUGACUGCGGUUAUGGAUCUUUUCAUCAACAGUAUUGGCUGGAUGGGAAAAUAAUUGCUGUGGGUGUCAUAGAUAUCCUUCCAUACUGUGUGUCAUCUGUGUAUCUGUACUAUGACCCUGAUUAUUCAUUUCUCUCUUUGGGGGUCUACUCUGCACUACGGGAAAUUGCUUUUACUAGGCAACUUCAUGAAAAAACGUCUCAACUCAGUUAUUAUUAUAUGGGUUUCUACAUUCACUCUUGCCCCAAGAUGAGAUAUAAGGGUCAAUAUAGGCCUUCUGAUUUGUUGUGUCCAGAGACAUAUGUCUGGGUGCCCAUCGAGCAGUGUCUGCCUGCGCUUGAGAACUCUAAAUACUGUCGCUUCAACCAAGACACAAAAGCAGUUGAUGAAGAACGAGUUAAUGAACUUGACCGGUUACGGGUACUUUACAAGAGAACAAUUAUGCCUUACAACAUAUAUAAAAAACGACAGAAGGGACCAAGUGAUGAAGCCAUCGUUCAACAGUAUGCAGACUUGGUGGGACAGACCUGUUCAGAAAGGAUGUUACUGUUUAGAAGUUGAAAAAAAAGAAUUAUUAAAGAAUUAAGAUUCCACUUUCACCUUAGGUAUUACAUGAUUGCACUCCGUUUUAUUAUGAUUAACACAUUUCUAUGUUAAUAGAGCUGCAGAAUAGUAUUGCAGUCAUCUAAAAUUAAGCAUCUUCUUUUAACUAUUAUAUGACUCUUGAAAUAUUUAAAGUGAAAUGUUUGUGAAGUAUGUAAUAUAGAGGGAGAUUUUAAAAAAUAUGCCUAAAUAUUUAGUCUUAUAAGAUUUUGGAAGAUUUUGAAAGAUUGGAGAUUUUUGUUUUUUUAUUCAAGCUACAUUAGACUACUUGUCAUCUAUUGAUUCUUUGUGGUAAAUAAAAAUUAUUAAGGUUCAUUUAAGUGAUUUGAAUCAUAGAUGUGCUUUGAUUUUUCUUUUGGCAAAAUUAAAGCAUGCUAUUUGCCUCAGUUCAGUUAAAAGACAGAAAUUUCAGUAAAAGAAAUUUUCCAAAAGGCACAUUUGAAAACUAAGGCAUUACUUAAGUUUUAGCAGACUUGUGUUUUUGAAGAAAAUAUGUAUAUGUUGCUAAAUCCUAUAGGUUACACAUUGAAUAACCUUAUGUAAUGAAGCUGGAUAAUGCUUUUAAGAACAGAAACAGGAACAUUAGACAUUUUUAUUUUAAAUACGUUAUCUGCUGAAGUUGCAAUAAUCUUGAAAGAUGGAUUUUUAGGCAACUGUUUAGCAUUUCUCAUGAUCCAAAUUCUAUAGAAGUCAAAGGUGGAGUCAAAAUUCCACAUUGGUUCUUUCCUUGAAUAUGACACCUGACUCAGAUUACUGAUAAAAAUUAAGUAUUAUCUAGCCACCUUCCUAGCUUUACUAAAGGAUAAUAUUUAAUGAGACAUGAAUCCAAAGGUAGUCUUUCUUAUAUCUGAGUGCCCUCUGUCCAUUUCCUUGUCAUAAAAUUAAUUUGAGACUUUUUAGAAUGCAUAAUUAUUUUUCUAUUGUAAAUAGUCUAAAUUAGUAUUUUUUUUCAAACUUCUCUUGUCACAGACUACUUGUAUGACUUAUAUUAUUUAGGAAGAUGGAUCACCCAUCGUUCCUUCACGAAGUCUUCUCCUUCAGCUCAGAAGGAAGACCAAGGUCAAUCUUUUAAGCAUUGCUGGGUUUAGUACUCAAAGAUGCAGAAUAUUCUUUUGAUCAAAGGCUGGGAGCAUAUCCCCUGCUUUGUUUCCCAGCUCCUUGUCUGUUGGCCCCCUUGAAAUCUUUGUGCUCAUUCUUCUUUUCUGAAUAAAAGUAGGAGUUUGAAACUGUCAGAAGCCAGAUAUGAGAAAUAUACUGUACAUUUGGUUUAGUCUUCUAAGACAUGUGAUCCUCAAAUGUCAUAACUGAGAACACUUUUCACUUGACCCAAAUAAUAUCAAGUAAUGUGAGCAAUUUUUUUGCAUCCAAAUGAAGGCUGCCCCUUCAAGGUCACCACUUUAGGAGGCUUUAUACUUCUUCCAAUAAUGCUUCCAUUGCAAAAAGCAUUUGAGGACGCUUCUUUGGGCAAUUUGCUUGACAGAUUGUGGUACAUUGUUUUGAUUACCCACAGUGGUGGUAAGUAUUAAUAUAUUUUUUGGUCCUAAAUAAAGUGUGGCUGUUAUUAAGUAAUGAGACUGAUUUCUUGAAUGGCUUAGACAUAAACUGCUUUUAACAGCAGUUCCUAAAGAUAAGUUCCAAAAAUAUUUUGAGUAGUAUCAGCAUUAUUGAAAUGAGCUCCCAAGAUCUGUACUUUGAAUGACAACUUUUGAAUGUGUAAGUCCUUUUUGUUUAAAAGGAGAAAAAUCUUAUAACUUUAUAAUGACACUUUAUCUUACAGUAUUUGGAAAGAACACAUGAAGCUUAAGACUAAAACUUACUCUUCAGCACCAUGCAAUAAAAGUCCCCUCUACUGCAAAAUCCAGGAUAGGCAACAUUCUUUGUAAGGGGAUUAAUUACCGGCAUAACACAUAAUUUCUAACAUUGGUCCAUGUUAUAGACUCAUGAGUCUAGCGUUGUAGCAUGGCUUUAGUGAAUUUACAAAACAAAUUGGAUUUGGAGUUCACUUAUCCAAAGUCUGUAUUCAUAGUCUUCUCUUUAAGAUUAACCUGAAUAGCAAUUUUUUUUUCAAAAGUGAAAGUUUUGUUCUUUUACUGCAAAGCUUGCUGAACCUAAAAGGGCUAUGUUGGGGAAGAGGAACCCAAGAAAAGAGGUUUCUGAGCUUUGGGGUUAGCAAGCCAUUCUGUUAAGCCAUUCUAUUAUUUUAUAUUGGUAGUCAUUAAUUUAAGGGUAUCACAAGAACCAUUAAAAAAAAAGUCAUAGUAUUUAGUUUCAAAAUUUUGAAUCUACAACUGUACUACUGACCCUUUCAGAUUAUGAAUUAAUUUAUGCCUUCAUGUCAUGGGAACAGAGCUUUAGGAUUUGUCUGCCAUUUUGUUUUUAUUUUAUUUCAGCUUUCUCAGCUUUUUGCUAUCUUAAAAAAUGUUUAUUUGAGUUUUUAAUGCUCCAAAACAUUGAGGUUAAGUUCUAAUGCCUAUGUUCUUCUUGGUUUCAGUUAUUUAAGCAAGUGAGGAAUUAUUAUUAUAAAUGUAAGUAAGUCUUCAACACUGUUUAGUCUAUUUUUAAAAUUAUUUUGAUAAUACCAAGUGCAUGUAUUAUGUUUAAUGUAGAAUAUAUGACUUAAGUGAGCUGUUCAGAAUGUCUGAAUAACAUUAAGGUUCGAUUUUUAGGCAGUGGAUUAUUUUAGUAUAAAUAAAGAAGGAAAAUGACUAUAAUUGCCCGGUAACUAAAAGUAACUAAUGUUGUCAGCUUGAAAUGAAAAAGGAAUAGUAAUAAUUGAAAAAUGCCAUUUUAAUUGGUACUUACUUUAGUAUAUUCAUUUUCAGUGAAUGUAAGAUGAGAACUGCAUGUUGUGAAUUUACUGCUUUUGUAAAUGCUUUUUGAACACUCUACUUGAUGAAAUUUAAUGGAAAAAAUAAAGCUAUUUCUAUCUAC